GUUUUAUUCCUUUAAUUUGUCUCUCUUGUAGAAGUAAUCAUAUUUUAAAUAGAAAUGAAACGAUUACAUACAACUCCAUAUAAAUUUAUUUUAAUUUGGAUUGUUAGUUGUUUACAAUGUGGAUUUUGUAAUACCGACGACAUAGAAAAUUCAUCAAAAUCUGGUGUUGAAGACCCCAUAAAUGUUAAAGAUUCACGAGGUUUAUUCUCGCCACGUAUGGAUUAUGAUCAAUGGACGCCACUAGGACGAGGUGAUCCGUUAAAAAAUGAUCCAACAUACGAUUAUGUUCCACCUGUACUAGAUCGUGUCCAUUAUUGGAUCGAUCCAGCAUCACGUAAACCAGAUCCACCAUUACCAUCCAAUGAAAUGAAAAAAACUGAAAUACUAGUAUUGGGUGUAUCGUCAAAGAAACCAAGUACAGCAUCAGCACCACCGCAAUUAGAAUCAAGGGGAGAUAUUUAUGAUCCGUUUUUAAAAUUCGUAGACGCGCCAAAAUUUAAUUAUCAUUCUUAUUACUCACGUCCGCAAAAACCUCAACAAUUAUCUCAACAAUACUCGUCUGGUUCGUCCUUAUCCAACAAUCAAAAUUAUUAUUCAGCACCAUAUUUCUCUUCUAAAAUUAAAUUUGAGAAUGAAGAGCAACAAAGAGUUCCAUAUACAAUGCUGAUGCCACCACCAGUGCAAACACUACCAGAAAUUCUAACAUAUACUGAGGAACCAGCAAUUUUAAAUGAUACCCUUCCAGUACAACAGCCGCCAUCAAUUAUUUCAUUUCCAACAUCGUUUGACAGUACUACACCAGAAUCGACUGUGUCGAUUGCUGCAGCUAAUUUAGUUUAUCAUUCCAGCAGUGCCUCAAAUGAAAAUGAAUGGAAAGAUACGCAAAAUAUUCAACAGUAUGCAACAAUUGCUGAAUCAAGUAGUCAGGUAACAUGGCGUACACCAAUUCCAGAACCAUCUAAAAAUAAGUCAGAAUAUGAUGAAAUAACAACAAUUCGAACUAAUUCAAAUAAUUUUAAUGCACCGCAAUUAACACUACCAUCAGGCCUUGGUAACAUGCAAAUGUUACAAGUAGGUGAUAAACCAACUGAUAUUGUUGCACAUGUAACAGUUGGGGGAAUGUCACCAUCAGUCAUGCAUAAAGGACAAGUGUCUGAUGAUACCACUAUUGACAUUGAUAACACCUACGUAAAUAUUGGCAAACCGAAUGCCCAAAUGUACACUUUAGCUCCGUAUAUUAUUACAACACCCAAUAAAGUAAUAACCCAUAAACCAUACAAAAUUAUAACUUCACAUCGACCAAGUUUUAUGAUGCAUCCAAAUCAAUUGAAAUACAUCAACUAUUCACAGCAGUCACAAGCUUCAUCUCCCCAACAAGUUUACCGAAAACCAUCGCCAUUCAAUUUCGAAACAUCUUUACCUAUCAACAAAAUGCCUAUGACUUUACAAAGUAUGCAACAAACAAUGUUACCGCCGUUAGCUUCCACAACAAAAGCUAAACUACCACCGACGCCCUUACUCCAAAACUAUAUUCAACCAUCCUUAACGACUAUGAUUUCAUCAAGCACCAGUACUCAAACUAGUACCAGCAGUACGUCUACUUCAACAACAACAACGACAACUACAAAUCCUCCGACGCCUUCGACAACUACUCCAGCAGCAUUGACUACUGACCCAUUAUUUUCACAUUAUAAACAGCCCUCGGUACCAUUACGUGGACCAAUGUAUUUGAUUAUUCAAGGCCAUUCUAAAGUGAAAACUUAUGGAGCAAAUAAAUCGAAUAUACAUGGUAUCCCAGUCAAUGAUUUGAUACCAAAGAAGGAUUAUUCCGUUAAACAUUUACAAUCAAAUCAUUUGAAGUCCGAUGAAGACAAUAUUGAUACAGAAAAUAGUAAUGACGAUUUGCGACGACUACGUGUUAGUAAAGAUUUGCAAACACUACAGCAUGUUUUGAAAACAGGUUUAGGUGCUGUAGAUUUUGCAACAUUAGCUUCGCCAUCAUCAUCAACACCCAAUCAAAGUGAUGAUAGCACGAAUGCUAGACGUAAACGUGAUUAUAAAGAAAUUAAAGAGACAAUUAUUGGUGCACAAUAUAAAGUUGUAGAAAAUGGCGGUAACCAUACGACGGAAGUUUAUAGAAAAGGUAUUGUUGAAGCUGGUGAUAUAUCAGAUUUACCCCGAAUUAACAAUAAUAGUAGUAAUAAUACAUCUAAGAAUGUUUAGGAAAUAAAUACCCACAUAAGUAUUCUUUUUGGAUAAUUGAGGCAUUUAGAUAUUACGAAUGAGUAUUUGGCUGCAGGGAUCAGCCAAACAUAAUAAAAAAACUUAAAGGGGGCCAGUAAAUUUUAAAUGAAUGAUAUUUUAUGGGA